AUGAGCAUGAUGGGAGAGCUAACGUUCUUUCUUGGACUACAAAUCCAACAAUCUGAAGAAGGAACGUUUAUAUGUCAGACCAAAUACACAAAGGAAUUGAUUCAAAAAUUCGGCAUGAGCAAUGCUAAAGCCAUUGGCACACUAAUGAGUCCUUCAACGAGCCUCGACAAAGACGAACAGGGAAUCCCUGUUGAUGAAACUAAGUAUCGUGGAAUGAUUGGCUCACUUCUUUAUCUAACUGCCAGUCGACCGGGUAUUAUAUUUAGUGUCUGUAAAUGUGCCAGGUUUCAGUCAACUCCUAAGGAAUCACAUCUGACUGCAGUAAAAAGAAUUAUUCGAUAUCUUAUUGGAACUGCCUCUCAUGGCUAUGGUGAUAAGGAAGACAGAAAAAGCACAAGUGGAACAUGA